ACCUGUGAGACUGUGACAGAAUAGAAUACACGUGAAUUUAAAUGUUUUGGUCCUGGAAUUUUUAUUUUACUCUCAGUUUAAAUUAAAACACUGCAUUCAAAAAUGGCAGACGAUGCCAUUUUUGAUAAGAAAAAAUCUCACCGAGCCAAACAUGCCGGCCGGAAGGCGGAAAAGAAGAAAAAGAAAAAUCAAGUCGAUCAAUCUAACCUAAGUGCUCGGCAGAGAAAUCCAAAAGCAUUCGCUAUUCAAUCUGUUGUCCGCGCCGAAAGACAGUUUCGCAGAAAGGAAGAUGUUAUCGCAAAGAAGCAGCAUAUUCCGCAGGUGGAUAAAACUCCACUGGAGCCGCCGCCGAUCAUCGUUGCUGUUGUAGGACCACCGCGAGUGGGAAAAACGACGGUAAUAAACAAUUUAAUCAAAAGUUUUAUUAAGACAAAUGUAACAAGCACUAAAGGUCCUAUAACUAUCGUCACAUCGAAGAAACGACGAAUAACAUUGAUCGAAUGUAACAAUGACGUGAAUUCUAUGAUAGACAUCGCCAAAUGUGCAGACCUAGUACUGCUGCUGUGUGACGCGAGCUUUGGGUUUGAGAUGGAAAUAUUUGAGUUCCUAAACAUUUGCCAAGUGCAUGGUAUGCCUAAAAUAAUGGGUGUGUUGACGCACUUGGAUAUGAUAAAGAAUGCAAAGAAAUUAAAAAUGACAAAGAAAACAUUGAAACACAGGUUUUGGACUGAAGUGUAUUCAGGAGCGAAGCUGUUUUACUUGUCAGGUAUCAUUCACGGAGAGUAUUUGAGGAAUGAGAUAAAGAAUUUAGCAAGAUUUAUAUCAGUUAUGAAGUUCAGGGCUCUCAGUUGGCGAACAACUCAUGCUUACAUGUUGGCUGAUAGAAUGGAAGAUAUUACCAACCAGGAGAAUAUAAGAAAGGAUCCAAAAGUUAGCAGAGAUGUAGUUUUGUAUGGAUAUGUGAGAGGCGUGCCGUUAAUGAAGGAAUCCACAGUCCACAUAGCAGGUGUUGGUGACAUGAAAAUAAGUGAACUGUCAUAUCUACCAGAUCCAUGUCCACUACCAAGUAAAGAAAAGAAGAGACAUCUCAUGGAGAGAGAAAGACAAAUAUAUGCUCCAUUUUCUGGUGUUGGAGGCAUUGUAUAUGAUAAAGACGCUGUGUACAUUGAACUUAAAGGAUCUCACUCUCAUAAAGUAGAAGAUGAAGAAACAAACGAAAAGAAAGCACUGUUAAAAAAUGUUGUGGAGUCAAAAGAAACUGUUGAUGAGCAAAUGCAAGAGUCUGGCUUUAAGCUGUUCAGCGGCGGUGCUGUUAUAUAUCCAAGUAUGUUAAAGGAUGACGAAUACUUGAAACAAAAUAAAAAUGACGAAGAAAGUUCUGAUGACUCAGAAACAGGAAGUGAAAGUGAUUCUGAUAAUGACAGUGGUAUUGACCAAAGUGAAAAAGAGGCGAGUGCAAAAUUACCUUGGGAAAACAAGUCUGAUUCUGAAGAUGACAAUGAUGAUGAUGAAGAUGAUGAUAACAUGGAUACAGAAGAAGUAAAUGGAGGCAAGGAACAAGGCAAAGACAAUGAUAGCUCUGAUGCUGAUAGUGAGUCCGAAAAUGAAGAAGAUUUCGGUUCUAAAUGGAAAGAAAAGCUAGGUGAAAAGGCUACAAUGGCAUAUUUUGAGCGACAGAAAACUUCAAAAAAUAUAAUGAAGCUUGUGUAUGGCGAAUUUGAAGUUGGAAACAAAACAAAGACACAGAAUCAAGAAGAAUCGGAAGAUGAGAGUGAAGAAGAAAUUGGUGGUUUAUUCAAAAAAGUGACAAGUUCUCAAAAGACAAAGCAAAAGCAUAAAGAUCAACUAGAUGUUGAUGAAUGUUCAUUUUUCUAUGCUUUAGAUAAACCAACUAUAAGGGAUUGGACAAGUGAAACCAAUAAACAAGCAUUGAUUAAUAGUUUUGUUACUGGGAAAAGAUCUGCUGAUGAAGAUGCAGAGGAACUUCUGAAAUUAGAUGAUGCUAGUGAUGGCGACGAUGACAUGUACGGCGACUUUGAGGAUUUAGAAACGGGUGAAAAACAUGAAGCCAAAGAAGCUGAAGAUAAUGCAGCCGAACCGGGAUCAAAACGAAAAGGUGAACUAACAAAAUCUGAAAUUCUUGACAAGAAACUAAAAUUGAAGGCUAAAUUUGAUGCUGAAUAUGAUAAUCCUGAUGAUCAUAGAAUAAAAGGUGAUCAUUCAUAUUACGAAAAUCUCAAAGCUGAAGCUUUAAAACAAUCUGAGUUAAACAAGUCAGUUUUCGAAAAUCUAGAUGAGGGUUUGAGAGUUGAAGUUGAAGGAUUUAGACCAGGAUUAUAUGUUAGGAUGUUAUUUAAAAAUAUGCCUUCUGAGUUCGUUACCAAUUUCGAUGAGAGCUAUCCAAUCCUAAUCGGGGCUUUAAACAUGGCAGAACAAAACAUUGGUUUUGUUUCGUGCAAAGUGAAAAAACACAGAUGGUACAAGAAGAUAUUAAAGACAAAUGAUCCAUUGAUCAUUUCGUUGGGUUGGCGACGGUUCCAAACUUUGCCUAUUUAUUCCAAGAUCGAAGACGAUCUUAAGUGUAGGUAUUUGAAAUAUACGCCAGAACAUGUAACAUGUAACAUGCACUUCUAUGGACCCAUCACACCUCAAAACACCGGUUUUCUUGCAUUGCAAACAGUCACUAACAGUACAAAUGAGAUAAAACAAUUAGGCUUCAGGAUUGCAGCUACCGGAAGUGUAAAUGAAAUCAACAAGUCUACCCAAAUCAUGAAAAAACUUAAAUUGGUCGGAACGCCUCUAAAGAUCUACAAAAAGACUGCGUUCAUUAAAGAUAUGUUUACAAGUACACUCGAAGUAGCGAAAUUUGAAGGAGCCAGAAUAAAGACAGUAUCUGGUAUUAGGGGACAGAUAAAGAAAGCACUUAACAAACCAGAAGGUGCGUUCCGUGCGACGUUCGAGGACAAAAUACAAAUGAGCGAUAUAAUUUUCUGUCGAACGUGGUUCAAAGUAGACGUGACUAAAUUUUACGCGCCGGUUGUUAAUCUAUUACUGCCUAUCGGAAACAAAAACGCAUGGCAAGGAAUGAAGACGAAGGGACAACUGAAACGUGAAAAGAAUAUCAAGAGCGAAGCAAACACAGAUUCAAUGUACACAGAGAUUGUCAGACAGCCUAAAGUUUUCAAGCCGUUAGUCAUUCCUAAAAAUUUACAGAAAGGACUGCCUUAUAGAUUUAAGCCCAAACAUAAACAGAAUAAGAUAUCGACGAAGAAUACUAAAGAAAACUUCGGAGAAAGGAUAGCAGUAAUCAAGAGUCCAUAUGAACAGAAAGUAUCUAAUGUUAUGAAAAUGAUUAGAACUAAUUACGAAAAGAAGAAGAGCGAUCAAAGGGUAGCAACCAAGGAAAGAAUAAGUAAGUUCAAGAAAAAGCAAGAAGAAGAAGAAUGGAGGAAGAUAAAGCGACAGAAAGAGUUGAAGAAGAAGAUUUGUAGGAAUUUAAGCAAAACAUCUAGUAAAAAGAAACCGCAAAUGUAAUUUUUGUUAAUAAACGAUUGUUACUAUAAUA